AUGAAGCCAGGACUCUUUACCUUUGCAGCUCUGGCAACAACCGUUGCCGGAUCACCCAUCAGACAUGAGGGGCGCCAAACCAAUUCUACCCUUGCAGACCUACUUGGAGAUUUACUUGGCACCCUCAGUGCAAAUCUGACGUUUGAUUAUGUUGUCCUGGGAGGAGGAACAGGCGGCUUGACGAUUGCAAAAAGACUGGCGGAGGACCCUACUGCCACAGUCGCUGUCAUUGAAGCAGGCUCUCUUUACCAAGUCACGGAUCCUAUCCUCGAACAGACCCCUGCUGGAGAUGUAACCUUUGUUGGAACGAGUGAGACUCUGCCAACUGUCGAUUGGGGAUUCUUUACCUCAAAAGACCCCGCUUCUGACAAUCAAGCGCGGUCUUAUGCCAGAGGAAAAUGUCUGGGUGGAAGCUCUGCGAGGAAUUUUAUGAUUUACCAAAGACCUACGAUUGGGUCGCUUCAAAAUUGGGCUGAUGCUGUUGACGAUCAGUCCUACACAUUUGAUAAUUUCCUUCCUUACUACAAGAAAAGUCCGAAUUUUACCCCGCCAGGUCUGUUACGGGCUGUAAAUGCGACUCCCUCAUACAAUGCAGACGCUUUUAGUGCCACAGGAGGGCCAUUACAGGUAUCGUAUUCAAACUAUGCUCAAAGUUUCAGCAGCUACAUGCAAGGCGGCCUAAACGAAAUAGGCAUCUCAACUAUUCAAGACUUCAACAGUGGCUCAUUGCUAGGAUGUCAAUACUGCUCCUCAACAAUCAGACCAGAAGGCGAGACUCGGGAUUCUUCGCAAACCUCUUUCCUCAAUGAAGCUAUCUCAGAAGGCUUAUCCAACCUCAAAGUGUUCGCUCUCACGAUGGCGAAGAAAGUAAAUUUUGACGCGAACAAGAAAGCAAUCAGCGUCGAUGUCGAGGACCUUGACCUUAUCCCUUAUACCAUCAACGUCAACAAAGAAGUCAUCCUGUCCGCAGGAGCCUUUCAGUCCCCGCAAUUGUUGAUAGUCUCUGGGAUUGGACCUGCUGCACAGGUACAAGCUCUAGGGGUGCCUCUUGUACAGGAUCUUCCAGGCGUGGGACAGAAUAUGCAAGAUCAUAUUUUCUUUGGUCCGGCGUAUAGAGUCGCUUUGACAACUUUCACCAAGCUUGCCAAUGAUCCAGUUUAUCUCCUUGCUGAGUUCGCACAGUAUGGUGCUACAGAAACGGGUCCCUUCGCGAAUCCGGUCUCCGACUUUCUUGGUUGGGAGAAAGUGCCAGCAUCUCUGAGACCAACGUUGGGAGCGGCAGCAUUAGCUGAUCUUGAUCAAUAUCCCGCCGAUUGGCCCGAAAUCGAGUACAUAUCAGGAGCUGGCUAUGUGGGCGACUGGUCCACAUUACUCUUCGGCCAACCCAAAGACGGCUCACAGUAUGCCACUAUUCUCGCAACACUCGUAGCGCCGCGUUCCCGAGGGAACAUCACUGUAGUUUCCGCAGACACGAAUACCUUACCGAUCAUUAAUACAGCUUAUCUCCAAUCUCCCACAGACCAAAAAGUUGCUAUUGCUGCUUAUAAGCGAGUGCGACAGGCUUUUGAAACGGAAUUUAUGCAGAGAACUGUUCAAGGACCUGAGUAUUACCCUGGUGCUGAUGUUCAGACUGAUGACGAGAUUCUUUCGACUAUCAAGGGCAGUUUGCAGACGGUUUGGCAUGCAAGCUCCACUUGCAAGAUGGGAGUUGCGAAUGAUUCGAUGGCUGUGGUUGAUAGCCACGCUAAAGUGUUUGGCGUCGAAGGGUUGAGAGUCGUUGAUGCCAGUGCCUUUCCUUUCUUGCCCCCCGGACAUCCGCAGAGUACUGUUUACGCUUUGGCUGAAAAGAUUGCGGAUGAUAUCAAGAAUGGGCAGUAA